UCUCUGCUGGGACCAUGCCUGUGACCUUUGCCCUCUUGCUCCUCCUGAGCCAGGCCACUGCGGACCCAUGCUACCAUCCGGGGGGCCGCCCCCGCUUCUGCCUCCCACCAGUGACUCAGCUGGCUGGCAUGGCGGCCUCCUGUCCCCAGGCCUGUGCCCUCUCCCCAGGGGCGGACCUCGGUCCUCAGGCCACCUGUAAUGGCAGCCUGACCCUGGCCCUGGGUGGCUCCUUCCUCCUGACGUCCGUCAGCCUGCGCUUCUGCACCCCAGGACCCCCAGCUCUGGUCCUGUCUGCUGCCUGGGCCACUGGAGGUCCCUGGAGAUCGCUGUGGCGCAGACCUGCCUGGCCUGGGGCCUUGGGUGGCCCUGAGAAGGUGACCUUCCGCGCCCCACCGGGUCCUAAGGCCAGCGUGGUGGCCAGCCACCUCCGCAUGGAGUUCGGGGGCCGGGCAGGGCUGGCGGCAGCUGGAGUGAGAGGCCGUUGCCAGUGCCACGGCCACGCAGCCCGCUGUGCCGCCCGCGCCCGGCCCCCCCGCUGCCGCUGCCGCCACCACACCACCGGCCCGGGGUGCGAGAGCUGCCGCCCAUCCCACCGCGACUGGCCCUGGCGGCCCGCCACACCCUGGCACCCCCACCCUUGCCUGCCCUGCUCCUGCAACCAGCACGCCCGACGCUGCAGGUUCAACUCCGAGCUGUUCAGGCUGUCGGGUGGCCGGAGUGGGGGUGUCUGUGAGCGGUGCCGCCACCACACAGCUGGGCGGCACUGCCACUACUGCCAGCCAGGGUUCUGGAGGGACCCCAGCCAGCCCAUCACCAGCCGCAAGGCCUGCAGGGCCUGCCAGUGCCACCCUAUUGGGGCGACUGGUGGCACCUGCAACCACACCAGCGGGCAGUGCUCCUGCAAGUUAGGGGUCACCGGCUUGACAUGCAACCGCUGCGGUCCUGGCUACCAGCAGAGCCACUCCCCCAGGAUGCCCUGUCAGCGAAUUCCAGAGGCAACAACCACCCUUUCUACGACCCCUGGUGCUCACACCUCCGACCCUCAGUGUCAAAACUACUGCAAUAUCUCGGACACCAGGGUACACAUGAGCCUUCGGAGGUACUGCCAGCAGGACUACGUUCUCCGCGCGCAGGUGCUGGCGUCCGAGGGGGCGGGCCCAGUGUGGCAGCGGCUGGCGGUGCGCGUGCUGGCCGUGUACAAGCAGCGGGCGCGGCCCGUGCGCCGCGGCGGCCAGGAUGCCUGGGUGCCCGGCGCCGACCUGGCCUGCGGCUGCUUGCGCCUCCGGCCCGGCACCGACUACCUGCUGCUGGGCAGCGCGGCCGGCGGCCCCGACCCAGCGCGCCUCGUCCUCGACCGCCACGGCCUCGCGCUGCCCUGGAGGCCGCGCUGGGCCCGGCCGCUGCGGCGGCUGCAGCAGGAGGAGCGCGCCGGCGGCUGCCGCGGCCUGCGGCCUCCGACCCCGAGCCCCGGGCCGGACCACUAGCGCCGCAGAUGGGCGGCCGCGAACGCCAACCAAGGAACUUGGAAGCGACCUGGAGCGGAGCCUUCCGCCUCGAAGGUGCGUCCCUUAGCGAGCCAAUCAGACGCCGCGGAGCCUCUGACGUCACCGCGCGGGCGCCAGCGCCGGGCAGGCACGAGGGACGUUUAACCCAAAGUGGCAAACUGCAAGCAGGACUUCUGGUCUCUGGCUAGGACAUUUGGCCUGUGACCUCUGCAGCUGGUUCCCUCAAUAAAGCCUUAAGACUUGGGGAAUUUCGUCUACAAAC